AUGACCUUCCUUGGCCAAGUUUUGAAAAAUAUUUUGAAUACCACAAGGCUGAGAAAGCAUCCUAACCAAUCCGUAAAUAUAAAACAAACCAUAGAUAAUAAAAAAAACAAUUCAGCCACAUCAAGUAAGUUAAAACAAACUAAACUUGACUUUUGUGGAAAAUCAAAUUUUAAAGGUAUCAGCAAAGAUAAAUUUGAUUUACAAAUUAUUAAAUAUAUAAUAAAUGGAAAUCACCCAUAUACAACCUGUGAUGAUGAAGAUUUUGUUGAGCUGAUAAACACCCUGCAACCUAAUAUGAAGAUUAUAUGCAGACAAACCUUAACCUCAAGAAUAUCAAAAUAUUUUGUUCAAAUGAAAGAUAUUCUAAUAGAAAAAUUGUUAGAGCCUAAUUAUGUUUGUACAACAGCUGACUGCUGGACAGCAUUUAAUCGCUCCUAUAUUGGUAUAACAGUGCAUUGGAUUGAUGUGGAGAAAUUGGAAAGGCGUUCAGCUAUUCUAGCCUGCCAAAGACUACAAGGUAGGCAUACAUAUGAUGUGAUCAGCAAAGCCUUAACUGCUGUUUUUAAGGAGUUCCAUAUCCAAAAUAAAAAUAUCUGCACAAUAACGGAUAAUGCUAGCAACUUUUCAAAGGCGUUUAGAGUAUUUAGCUGCCCAUCUAUUAUAAUGGAGGAAGAUUCUGUUUCUGAUAUUGAAUAUAUCUCAAUAGAAGAUAUAAUGUCUUCUUCUGGGCUCUCCAGUUAUGAUAUUAAUGACUUCGACUACCUUCCCAAGCAUCGAAGAUGUUCUUGCCAUACAUUAAACUUAGUGGCAACACAAGAUGCCAACAAGUUACUUUUAAACAAUGAGGGGUAUAGGAAAGUUUAUAACUUAGCUAUAUCUAAAUGCCAACGUUUGUGGAACCUCCAAAAUAAAUCUGGGCCAUCUGCCGAACUUAUUUUAAAAAAAUUACAUUCUCAACUCCCAUAUCCCGUUAUAACAAGGUGGGGUUCCUUUUAUAAAUCCCUGGCCAAAAUAUUAUCGUUCUUAAAUCAAGUGCCUGUGGAAUUUGAUUCAUUAUGUGAUGAAUUAAAAUUGUGUAGAUUCACAUCAGAUGAUCGUGAUUUUAUAAAAGAAUAUUGUAGUAUUAUGCGACCAGUGUCCAAAGCCAUUGAUAUUCUUGAAGGUGAAAAGUACAUGUAUCUGGGUUAUUAUACCCCAACAAUAACACAAAUAAUUAUAUGUAUGGCAGAUGUGCAGGUAUUAAAAUAUUGUCAACCUCUAAAGGAUACUAUAUUAGCUAGUAUUGAAAAAAGGUUUAAUAAUCUUUAUGAUAAUGACAACAUCAUUGCUUCAAUUCUUCACCCUUUAUUUAAAACUGACUGGCCUUGGAUUAGGCAAGAAAGGAAUAAAGCAAAAAAGGAGGAAAUUUUAAAUUUAAUAAAUACCUUAAUACCUCAGAGUGAAUCCCAGACGAAUGAAUCAUGCUCAAAACCAACAUCACUUGAUGUAGUUGAAUUUUUUGACCUAAAGCGCCAAAAUAUUCUGGAUAAUGAACUUAUAGAAAACUUUAUCAAAUCUAAUAACAACACGUUUUCUUUAUAUAACGAUUUUCCAAAGUAA